UUUAUUCGACUGGCUGACUACUUGAUAAUGAGCACCCUACAUGUGCUGACUUUCAACUCCAUCUACGCCCUUAAUAAGGUCUUCACGGAAGAGCUUUCACGCAUUCCCGACAUGGCUGAAAUUGAUGCCCUCAAAAUUGAAGUGAAACUCAGACUGCAUCCCGAGGAGGAGCCGAGUGAAGAUGAGGAUGCCAUUAUGAUGCCAAAACAGGCCAACAAAAAUGCUGCCGCAAUGGAAACCAUGCUCGGCACAAGCAACCUCGUGCCUGACCCAUACUUUGAUGCCUUCACGAGGCCUUUCAUUAACAAUAAAUUCGAAGACAAGACUUGUGGUCAGGGUCCGCAACUGCGAGCCAUCUUUGAAGAGGACAUGCUAUUGCAGGACAUUAUUUCGGGCCUUCAGAAUAAUGUGAAUUACGCAUUCAACGCGAUUAACCACUACAUUGCGACGUUUACGGAAAUUACUGAGUUCUUCAAGUCAAACGAUGUAGUCAGCCAGGAGUCUGUCGAAAAUGCUCGAAACGUUGUCGCCGGAGACUUGAAGGGUGUUAAAAGGCUUCAAUCAGACGUUGAUUUCUUCCGAGAGGGUCUUGCGACGUACCAUCGACAGGUAUCUAUGACCAAUAAGAUCCCCUCUUGCCGGCCUAUUGGCCUCUUUAUGGUCGAUACAACUGCCUUCAAGAACAAGGUCAUACCCUCACCACUGCGCUGCUUGGACUGCAUUCAUGCGAUCAUUCCACUGGUAUCGCGCAAGGAAGUUGAUCGUCUCACGCAGGAAACGCAAGACGCCGAGUACACCCUUGCCCUCCCGCUCUCUACUACCGCUGAUUAUGUCAGCCAUCUCUCCUUCCUACGCAAAGUUCAACUCCGCGUGCGUCAUUAUGAUUUUUGUGGUGGCUUUGAGUCUCACUUUCGAAUGCACUUACCUGUUGUCUUCCAGACCCUCUUCCCUGGAAUUGAGCGCGCCAAGACGGCAAUAGAUCGAGCGCUAGCCGAACGCGAUGGAAGCAUCGACAAGUUCUGCGCCUGUCUGGAUAAGGACAUUGGAGAACUGCUCCAUGACAUCCGCGAAGCAAAGCAGGCAGUUGGCAAUCCAAUGCUUCUGGACAUUGAGAAGGAGCGCGAGCCUCUCUUGAAUGAAUUGGCACGUGUUCGUGAAAUCGUGGACGAACUUCAGACGAGGGCUCAGACUUACAGGGGCUACCAGAAGUCCUUCAAGGUCCGUCUACUCGAAUUUUUUUUUGAACUUUAUCUGAAGAAACUUAAUAAACUUAACUACUCUCCCAGGAUACCGCACUCUCAUUUUCACCGCUACCAUUAG